UAUACAUCCGGAACGUCGCUGUUUACUAGUGUAGUUUGUCUGUGUUCGGUUGUUGGUGUCGUUUCGGUGCCGUCUGGGUGUCCGGCAGCAGCAGCAUGUCUCAGGCUCGAGUUACGGACUUCUUCUCCCAGAAGAAGAAAGGAGUCGCUGGAGCAGCGAAGUCCGCCAAGCCGCGCACCACCAGGACCAGACCCGCUCCAAACAGAGACUCCUGUUCUUGUUCGUCCCCCGUACACGAGGAGUUUAUUCGAGUUAUCGAUGAAGCAGUGGGGGUUAAAGAUGUUGGGAGCAUUCAAGCCACUGACAAUAUCCCCUCCAGUCCCCGAACCCCGAAGCGAAGCUCGGCUGACGCGGAGUUCGACCUUGGGGCCGCGGUGUUUUCAGCCACCGCUGACCGCUGCACGGCCAAGAAGAGGCGGCCGGCGGGAGGCGUCAGAGAGGCGGACACGGCCAAGAAGUCGGCCCGAAAAAAACUAGUCCUCCCCGAGGAGAAAACUCAGGAAAAAGCUCAGGCUCUCUCUCAGGAGAACAUCUUAGCUCUGAAGCAUCGCCUUCAGAGGAUCAAGAAGCAGGCGGAGGAGAUCCCUGCUUCCUCGUCCUCCUGUCCCAACAAUGCUGUCCCGGCUGUUCGAACCCUCGCCGCUCCCUCUUCAGACAUUGCUACCCUCAGGUCCACCGUGGCACUUGCCAAAGAGCUGGCAGCUAAAGCCCAGAGGAGGAAGCAAGAGAAGGCAGUUGAUGAGAUCCAGCAGACCGAGACCCAGUCCCAGGAUGGUUCAGAGUCCGGCACCGAGCAGCCGGCCUACCUGCGAUACCACACCUUGGCCCAGGCUGUCCCCCCAGGCCUGGCGCUGCCUCAUCAUUACCGAGUUCUGGCCGAGAUGUUCAGGAGUAUGGACACGGUGGUCGCCAUGCUGUACAACCGCAGCGAGACCGCCACCUUCACCAAGAUCAAGCAGGGGGUCCAGGACAUGAUGCACAGGCGGUUUGAGGAGAGCCACGUGGGUCAGAUCAGGACGGUGUUUCCAGAGGCGUACACCUUCAGGCAGGAGAAGAACAUCCCCACGUUCAGCAGCAGCAUGACGAGGAGCAGCUUCCAGCUCACCGUGGAGCCGGUCAUCCACUCGGACCAGAAGGAAGUCCGGCCUGUCCUGUCCGCCUCUCUUCUCCUGGAAAGAAGACGCAUCUUCCACCAGAGCCUGCUUUCAAUCGUCAAACAGCACCAUAAGGUCUUUCUGUCCUCGCUGGUUCCUCCCAUGAACGUCCCAGAAGACAAACUGACCCGCUGGCACCCUCGCUUCAACGUGGACACCGUCCCGACCCUCCAGGUCGGCCCACUGCCUCAGAUUCCUCAGACGGGGAAGCUGGUUACAGCCCAGGAGGUUCUAGACCAGGCCCGUUCACUCAUCACACCCAAGAUGGAGAAGGCUCUGCUGUCCCUGACGCCACAGACCGGAGACCAAUGUCCAGAGUCCACAUGUCCUCCGACAUCAGCAGGUCCUGCAGCUCAGCUCCCGUCCUCCCUGAAGGGGGUGUCCCAGUCUCUGCUGGACAGGAUCCGGGCCAAAGAGGCUCAAAACCUGCAGGCGGCCAUGACCCGAAACCCGGCCCAGGAGGAGCGCCUGCUGAUGAUGUCGCGGCUGGGAGAGCUGGCCAGGAUCCUCCGUAACGUGUUUGUGGCAGAGAAGAAAGCAGCUCUGAUCAUGGAGGUGGCUUGCAGCAGGAUGGUGGCGAGCUACAGAUCUGCUCUCAGCACAGGUGAAAUGGAAAAACAUGUCCGUCUUCUGGCUGAGGUGGCUGCUGAUUGGCUGACUAUUCAUCCAAUCAGGAAGGACUUGUACCUGAAGCUGAACAAGAACAUGGAGCUGAGCGUGGUCCUGGAGAAGCUGAGCAACAGACUCCUAGAGGAGGAGAAGCUUUGACUCUUGAACACUUUUCUGGGAUUAUUCCUGUGUGGAUACCUCCAGGAUUCUGGUUUUUCCACAGUCAGUGCUGGUCCUGGACCUGGUCCCGGUCCUGCUCUGAACUCUUUGAACUCUUUUGUUCUUUAUUUUUUUAUGGAAGAAGUUGGCAUUCUGUCUUUGUUCUUUGGGAUGGACUUUUCCAUGAAAUCUCUAUGAAUGUUUACAUUUUAAAGAUCGUUGUUCAUGUUGCAGAAAUACAGUUUUUUACCAGAA